AUGCUCAAUCAGACAAAGCUUCCAAUAUACAUGGUAACAAUAUAAAGAAAUUAAUGUCAGUCUAGAUUAAUAUACAGAGUGAAUCAUCUAAGCGUAAUAUGUAGAUUGUAAGAUAUAUAAAGAAAUAUAAGAAUAAUAUAAAGAAAUUAAUGUCAGUCUAGAUUAAUAUACAGAGCGAAUCAUCUAAGCGUAAUAUGCAGAUUGUAAGAAUUCCAGUUUGGAAGUUUGGCCUCUGUUAAUGCUGCAUUAUUUUAUUUUCUGAAAUAUACACCUAGUUUUGCUGCUCAGCUUUACUAAGUUGUUUGCAUAGUUCCUUAUUGCUAGAGAAAUACCAACAACUUUCAAAAUGUAUUCAUGAUUUCAUAAACAACUUGUAUAAAAUCAGUAACAUAAAAGUAUUGCAAAUUCAUCAAUUUCCUCUACAGAAUCGGAUCAUAUUUAUUAUUUUCUGGCAUCGUAUGUUUAAAUAUUAGAUGUAAUUUUCACAUCUUAGUCGAUGCCUAGAACAGCUGUUGUUACUUAUUCUCACCUUGUUGGUCGGAUAUUGAUCAAGCCAAAAUACGAAAAACUGUAUUUCUGAUAAAAUUAUAUCGUGAAAUUAUACCAUACGUGGCCGUUAUCUGUGUAUUGAUCAAAUCAAAGAUCAAAUUAUUCAGAUCAAUAUAACGUCAAGUUAUGUAUAUAUAUUUAUAAAAUAAGAAAAUGCAAAUGAUUUAGUGUUCCUUUCUUUCGUUGCAAGCCCUAGAUUGCUUUGGUCCAAUUGGUAAUGAUUUAAUGUCGGUAAGUGGAUAUGAUUGCGACAUCUAGCAUCAUGUGUAGGAACUAUUUCGUUACAAAUUGGCCGUUUACCAUCGUAGCCAAAGGUUUAAAAAAUAGUUCGACAUACUUACCGCCAGAUGGUUAUUCUUAUCAAUGAAAACAAUUUGAAUCUUCAAGAGGAACCAACAAUAUUUUUUUGCAAUUUUGAUUAGUUCAUAUGUACGGGAUAAGAGCAGGGCCUAAUUUUAAAAUACAAAACGCAAACAUCAAAGGUUCCGAUAAGAGUUUCUUCUUUUCAAAGCUAUUCUUUAAAAGACGCAUGUACACUAAUGCAACUGAUGGAUGUAAAAAGGUUUAGUCUCUGGAAGAGUACUCUGUGUUAUUAUUACGUCCAUGGAAUGGACGUUCCUAGGAAUUUAAAUUUGACUUGAGAAGAAGUAUUUUGUUUUAGAUAUAUUUGAAUGACAGGUAAUCGUAUAUUAAGAAAAUAUGUCUAUUAAUGUUACCGUCAACGGAAAUCCUUUAAGUAUACGACGGGGAAGAAUGGUAUUAUCUGAUUUAGAUCAAAUUAAGAAAAAUGAACGCGAUCGUCGUCGAAGGUUACGCUUGGAACAGGUACGACAGCAAUCAAAAGAAAUAUCGGAUAGGCUUUUGGAACGUGCUAAGAAUAUAGCUAAGCAGGAACUUAGAAAACUGGAGAACAAUGAUAAAUUACCUCUGAAGCAAAUACAUAAUGGAAAAAUCAUGGAAAUUCAACAGAAAUAUCAGGAAGAUAUGGCAGAUAUUGGUCAAGCACAUGUGUCCGCGAUAGCAGAACCUGAUCAUACUGCAAUAAUUCAAGAAAAAGAAAGGAGAAAUAAAUUAACAGCAUCGAAAAGAGGAAAAGAGGCAAUGAGACAGAUUAAUAAUUUACAACAUAAAGAAACUAUGCAACAACUACAUCAAGAACGAUUGCGUCAAGUAAGAGAAUUGGAAAAUCUUAGGUCUACGUUGAUAGCAAAAAUUCCUCAAGAUGCAAUUCCAGAAAAAAGUACCAUACAAGUGGAAAUUGAUGAGGAAAACAGGCCAUGCAAAUCUACUAAGAAAAAACCGAGGAAAAACUGUUUUAGAAAAUCUCCUGGAAAAAUUACAAAAUCCUACAUAAAAGUUGUUACAAGCGACUUUAAAACAUGCUCACCACGUCUGGUAUCAAAAUCAAAAACUGCGAGAGUUGUACCAAAAAAAACUGUUACAGUUACGAAAGAACAAUCUGUUGUUAAUUCGGUUGCGGAACCUUCGACAUUAAAAACUGCAGUUCCCACGAAUACUGCUGAACAAGUUGUACACGCACAUGAAUCUGAGUACAGAAAUAAUUCUCAGAAUGCAGUACCAGUUUCAAAUGCUACCUCAACAGAAGUUGAUAAAUCCCCGAGGUAUAAUCCAGAAGACUAUGUGCAAUCAACUUCAGAUUCUACUAUUACCACUUACAGUGACGAUUCUUCUAGUUUAUGUAGCGACGAUUCACCAUAUUCAGCUGAUGCUGAUGCACAAUCUGUGUGUGUAAAACCACAAAAAUAUGUUAGUUGUUCGGCAAACGAUAAAGUACAAUUAUAUGAUCAUAGUAAGCAUCAAUAUAACAUGUAUAAUAAACCAGUUGGUGUAGUUGAAAAAAUACAUGUAUGGAAUGAGCCAAGUGCGAUAGAUUUAGCCAAAGGAACUAAAGAGGCGGAAACAGUUGAAACACAUUUAGCCGAAAAUCGUAAAUCUGGUGCUCAGAAACGUGGUGACGAUGCAGUGUUAAGGGAGAGAGUACGUAGAGAUUAUCAAGCACUUGUGCAGAAUCUAAAUCAUCUUGUAUCCGAAGAACGCAAAUUGAAAGCUAGCCAAAUUGAACGUUAUCCGGAAGACGUAUAUACACAAGAAGAAAGAAGAAAAAUAUUAAGAGAUCAACAUAAAAAAAAACUAAAUCGUUCUGUAAAAACUUUAGUGAAUGAAGAAUGUUUUGAACAAUGCCCAUCGUAUCCUAUGGAAAGACAAAUUACUCUCCCACCAAGAGGAAAUGAUAAAAGUAUUGAUACGGGUGCUGUUUGGGAAGACCAGUAUUUGAAUGAACGCACAGAAACUAGUAAAUCUUCACACACUAAAUGCAAGGAAACUGAAAAUUCGCGAGAAGAACAAAUAUUAGAUAUGUUGAAGAAGGUUGAAAGACAAAAAAAAUUAUUAUUACAAGAAUUCGGAGCAGAUCUACCGGACAAUGUUUUUAACGCAACUAUGAAGCCUUUAUUUGAAAAAGAAAAGGCAACAGAAGGUCAAUCAAGUAUAUGUCAUAACACCAAUAUUCAACAGCCUUUAUCGCCAGAACUUAAAGUAAUAUCUUGUUGCGAUGAAGAUAGGAAGAAAGAUAAGGUGGUAGAAAAUGGUAACUCGACUGUUAAAAAAGUAGAAAUUGCUGUACAAACUUCGACAGGGAGUGAGCAAGAUGUUGCUCAAGAUAAAAGCAUACAAGUAGAAUUAAUACAAGAAAAAAAUAGCGAAUCGAAUGACAUUGACACUGAAAUUAGCACUACAAAACACAUUCCAAUCGAACCAAAAGUUACAGUUAUUACUCCUGCAGCAGAUAGUAGCGAACUGACGAGUUCCACUGUUACAGAUACAAUUAACGAUAUUGAUCAACAAAGUCCAACACUAAGCCACCAAAAUGAAAAGCAAGAUACAAAAACAAUGAAACAUGUACCACCGAAAACUUUUCAGAAAUCAUCUGUGGUACCUGUAAGUAAAACACCAUCUCCUGCAAAAAAAUAUUCAAGAACUUUAUCAAGGUCACGCUGUAGUAGUAUCAAAAAGACUAGCAACAGCGCGACAGAUACGCCUAGCAAGAAGAUUAAGAUAUAUGUUAAUAAAAGUGGAUUCAACAUUAAAGUAGAUCCACCUCAGGCUGCAGAAGUAGCUGUAGACGUAAGUACUCAAAGUUCUCAAAUACAUUCAACAGGCACUCAGGAACAAACUACGAGCAAAUUAUUUUGCGUUCAGUCCCAAGCAAAACGGGUUAAAACAAAAGAUAUCUCAGAUACCUCAACAUCGUUUGCUAGUCCACCACCGAUAAAACCCAGGGAUAUACUUGAAGCUCUAAGCAAUAAUAUGUCCAUUUUUGAAAUGUUAGAUUCUUCGACAAAUGAAAGUAUGAGAUUUUUAAAAAGAGAUAUUAGUCCGGUAUCAACACCAGAAACUCCUUCUCCGCGUACUAUGAGAAUGCCUUCAAACAUACCUCAUCUCGCUAAAAUUAAUAGAAUGCUUAGAUACGCAUCCAUAGAUUCGCAAGAAAAUGGGACUAGUGUAAUGUCAUCUACUAAAAAUGACCAUUCAUCGUCAACGAAUCUAUCUAGUUCUCGGCGAAAUGGACAUUCAUCACCCGAGCAAAUGAUUUCACGUUCGAAACAAUCAGCUGAUUUACAGGAAUUAUGCUCGUGUGAAAAUCCAGAAUGUAAAUUGAUGCAUUCAGAAUUUGACAAUAUCCGCAAUUAUGCAUUAAAGAACUGUCCUCAAAUAUUACAAAAAUAUGAAGAUCUUCAAACUUUGUGCGCAGAAAGAAUAGUUUCUUUAACAAAUCUCAUUGAAAAGGUUCGAAGCGAACAAAAAGGUGUAGAACUUUCUGUAAUUAGUGCAGGCGAUGAAACUAGUUUAAUGCAAUUGCCUCCACCAAAAGUAAUACCUAAUGACCUUCAGAGUGUACGGAACCUCGUAGAAAAUAUAGAGGCUAUCCAUAACCAGCUUGCAAAAACACUUAUUGAGACACAAAGAAUCGUUAAGAAUAACACAGUUCUUAAAGAAGACUCAAACCAAUUUAAAGAAAUAGAUGUUGUAACUCAAACAACUGAAAAAUCAUCUAAAAAUGUAACUCACCAUAUGGAACCAGAAGCAGUAACACAGAAAGCCAAAAGCAAGCCAAAGAUCAUAAAUGAGGAAAGAGUCAAUAUACGACUCGACGGAUACAAAAUACUUUAUAAACCUCAAGCGUCAACGGCAAUACCUCCAGAAAGUAAUUCUCAGCAUACUUCGAAUUUUCAUGACGAAGAGGUGAUAGAAAAAUUAUCAAAAGAAAUUUUGGAACAGAGCAAAAGUUUUAAAAACAAUCUAAUAGCGACAAGGGACACUGAUAGCUCACCAAUAAAUCAUACAGUUCCCGCAUCAACGGAUACCAUUGACUCUAAAAAUAAUCCUUCAUCGAGGACACAAAAAACCAAUGUUGCUACACAAGAAGAUUCUAAUAAAAAGCUGAACAGAAAUAAAGAAUUUGUUCCAUUACUCGCUGAUAUUCCAAAAAUAUCGAGAACAACAGAAAAUGUGUUUACCAAUGGAAGAAGUAAACCACCGGUGAGCUUGCUUAGUGGACUGUAUAGAACUGAGAUUGAAUCAUCAGGUCAUGAAUUAUCUACAAUAAUUGAAUUUGAUACACCAGAUACCGUAAAUAAAAGUCACAACAAUGUUAAAAGUCCAUUUUCAAUGCAAAAAACUGCAGCGACACAAGUUACUAAAUCUACUGCAAUAACUAAACCACCUGAACAUGCUGUUCCUUCGCUUCAUAUACGUGAUCAACAUUUUAAACAAUCUUAUAAUCUCGCAACUUCAAAAGUAUCUACAAUGGUUUCAUCUCAGACAGUAGAACAAACUGGAACUCGUUUAGAUUCAUCAAAAAUACCUACAAAUACAGGAGGUCGAAACGAAGUAACAAAUGAUAACAAAGAAAAGAAGGAUUCUUCUCAAGUCGAAACAAAUAAUAAAAAAUUACCAUGUGAUACAGCUAAUUACGAAUUGUUCCAGCCUGCUUCUGGUACAAACACUAAUCCAAAUGAACAAGAGCCAAACAACAAGGAUAAAAUAACAUCAACAAGUUCAAAUAGUUUCUCUGGACUGUCUGGAAUUUCACAAAUAACAAGCACACCAUCGUCAGAUAUGUUAAAAUACGCAUCAUCUCCAGAAGAAAUGGAAAUAGCUCUUAAGAAACUUGGCUUAGGUUGGGCGAUAACAACAUUAAAAAAAACACGAGAAGCAAGUGCUCUGAGUUCAUCAUCAAACUCUGAUGACCGAACACCGAUAAACACUGCUAAAAGAAUAAUAUCACCCAUUAAAAAACAAUUAGAGAAUAAUUAUGGUUUACCAGACUUCAGCGACGUGUCUUCGAUAUCUAUCAAAGAAGCUAGCAAAAGUACAGAGCAAGCGGUACUUCUAAAAGGGAGAACUUCUACACCUAAACUUCAAAAUUCAAAUUCUAAUAGCGAAAGGACAAAUUCUACUAGCUCAAAUAUUUCUGAACAUUUUCAGAACCCUAAUAAGAUGGUAUGAUGAUUCCCGAUACGUGUUUUACUAACACACGAUCUAACAAAGAAAUUGAAAAAUCUCUGAUGUAUUUUACUUAGUAAUUUUUAUUAUAAAUAUUUAAAACUAUAAAAUAAAUUAAGAAAUGUUUAUUUUAAA